CCCAAACCUGCAGCCUCUUUCUCAAUUGGAAGAAAAAUCCUAGAAGAUUCACAAAAUGUGUGAUGCCUUUGUAGGUACCUGGAAACUUGUCACCAGUGAAAACUUUGAUGAUUACAUGAAAGAAGUGGGAGUGGGCUUUGCUACUAGGAAAGUGGCUGGCAUGGCCAAACCCAACAUGAUCAUCAGUGUGAAUGGAGAUGUGAUUACGAUUCGAUCAGAAAGCACCUUUAAAAAUACUGAGAUUUCCUUCAAACUGGGCCAGGAAUUUGACGAAGUAACUGCAGAUGACAGGAAAGUCAAGAGCAUCAUUACCUUAGAUGGUGGUGUCCUGGUGCAGGUGCAGAAGUGGGAUGGAAAGUCCACCACCAUCAAGAGGAAACGGGAGGAUGACAAACUGGUAGUGGAGUGUGUCAUGAAAGGUGUCACUUCUACCAGAGUUUAUGAGAGGGCAUAAGCUAAGAGACAUGGCCCUGGACUGAAGUUUUCAUCGAACUCUACAACAUUCUGUUGGAUGUAUCAUUCAAAAGCAUAUUAUUAUAUUCCACUAAUUGGCAAGCAAGCAACUUAUUUUCCCCCAAGCCAGAUUUUAUCAAAUAUGGUUUCGUUGUUUAAAUAAAACUUUUUAGAUUUA